AUGAUGAGGUGGAAGAACUGAUGAUUUGCAAGCUAUCUAGUAUACCAUCACAACAGCAUAUGUUGGGUCUUCUACAUACUUUUAUUAACUCACACCUGGCUAAGGUUCUUGUGCUUGUAAUCAAUGUUCAAGAAGUUAAGAAAGAGGUAGUAAACCACAUCCGUACUAUGAUAGACGAAGAGGAAGUUGCAUCCGUUGAAAACAGUGGAAGACCAAAACUAUUUGUUCUUCUGCUUCAUUACCCACCAUCCAGCUUUGGAAGAGAAUGUUAUCCAUCGUUAUUUCUGAAGGGCUGGGACCACUACUAUCUUGAUACUAUAGGCCACGAAAGGAUGGGCAGUCUUGAUAUUCGGAAGUGGCUUAAGGAUUGCUACUUUCCCCAGGAUGCAUGUUCCCCUUCCAGUACACAUUUUAUUCUUACCACUCUUAAUGACACUCUGGAGGAAACUAUUCCAAUUUUAAUAUCACGGGUACAUUUUGGGUGUGUCCAGGAAGGUGUGUUUAACAACAAAAUGAAUGUAUCAAAGCGUACAAAGCUCUUGAGAGAACUCUUUUUUCAGAUGGGUUUAGGUAAUACUCUCUGUGAGGUUUUCAGUUCCUACUGGAAGCCAAAUGUAAUGUCCAAAUACCUUAAAGACGCUGCAAUUGUUGCGAAGACACAAGAUUCAACACUUAAUAUAACAGACUCUAUCCAUACCACUUUUAAGAAUUUGUUCUUCGAUUUUCUGGUAUACAUGGUCACUCGAAUUAAUAUAAAUGGCAAUAUCGAUGUGCUUUUUCAGAAAGGUUUUUCGGAAACUCAAGUGAUUUUCCCCAGGCUUCAAGAGCUCUUCCUGGAGAUUGUAAAAUUACUUCCAAUCCCACAGCUGUCAGAUUUAAAAAGGCAUAGUUUUCAUUUCCAGGUCGGAAAGAAAGACAGCUACCUUCCCCAUUUUCCUUUCUUUAAGCAAGUUUCUAAGGAGAUGAAAAAAGUGGUGGAGGACAGCCAAGUGAAGGUCAACACUAACCGUUUUGGGGAUUUAGAAACUGACAGCGCGUCAUCUUGCAAUGCUGACCAGCAGCUCUACUUUGAUGAGCUUCAAAAGGUUGUUUUACAAGAAAUCCAGGAAUUGAUAUCUAAAAAAGAAUACAGAGGUUUUCUUGGCCCGUCACUGAAGGCCCUGAAGGAGAUCCCCGAACUAUGGAAAUAUUACUUUAAAGAUUUUACUGUGCAAAAUUUGCACUUAGAAACCUCUGAUGGAAUAAGCGAGAAAAUGCUGGAUAUAAUUUUUCUUCAGUACCACAAGGACAUGACAGUUCUAAAAAAGUUUGUACACCUCCAUGUAUUCAUGACUCUAUACCAUCCUGAACUGGCCAGAACAACUACAAUCCUGCGGUCUCUGGAUCGGAUUCAACGAAUUUCCAUGUCAGUCCACUACAUCCAUACUCCAUCCCCUACAGACACAUUCAUGGCUGCAGUCCAAGAAAGACAUGGCCAGGAAACUCCUCAAGAUCUCUCAAAAUUUGUAAUUGACCACUUUUUCAAUAUCCUUGCUGCUGCUGCAGCAUGCAUGCCCUCAAGCUCCCAGGAGCAAGUUGACGAAAACAACAUGUUGCUGUGGUAUGAGGGAUACAGAGAUCUGAUGUGUCUUCCUGACCUGAAGAAGUGUUUGUACAGUGUGUUUGACCAGAGUAAACACUCAACUAUGGUUGUAGUGGAGGCGAGGUUUAACGUGAUGCAUACUGUUUUCCUUAUGAUACAGUCUGGUUUUUCUCAUCCUGAGCAAUCACGGUCUUCCCUCAUUUGUCCUCAAAAAGUAUUUCACAGACUCUUUAAUGAUUAUUUCAUGAGUAGCAUGGAGUUAAAGGCUGGUUGUCCUAGACUUGGGAAUGUGGCUAUAGUGGUAAAGAAUCUAUCACCACAGUCUGAGGGGAACAUACCAAGGUUGGCCAUGUAA